CCUGUGGAGCUGGCUAAGGCAGGCCUCUCCUCCCCCACCAGCACCCAUCCCACCCACGGGACCUCAGGGGAGGGGCCUAACCCACCCUGUCCAGUCCCGUCCCUUGUUCCUCAGGGCGCAGCCAGUGCAGCUGACUCUGCUCUGGGUACCGCCGGCCUGGCCUUUGUGUCACUUGCUGACUUGGAGCUUUGUCCCCCAGCCCCCUCCCCACCCCUGCCCCCGGCCCCCGGCCCCCAGUCCCCCAGUGUCCGGCCCCCUGCCUAUAAGAGGCUGGGCUGGGCAUGCGGCCUGGCUGUCUCCGGGCCCCUCUGCCCACAACAGCAUGGCCUUGCAGUGCACGCCCCCGGCCGGCCACUGGAAGAUCGUGGUGUGGGAUGAAGAGGACUUCCAGGGCCGACGCCAUGAGUUCACGGCUGACUGCCCCAGUGUGCUGGAGCUGGGCUUGGAGACUGUCCGGUCCCUCAAAGUGCUGAGUGGGGCGUGGGUAGGCUUCGAGCACGCUGGCUUCCAGGGCCAGCAGUACAUCCUGGAGUGCGGAGACUACCCGGCCUCAGAGGCCUGGAGUGGCAACACUGCCUACCCCGCCCACAGGCUCACCUCCUUCCGGCCAGUGGCCUGUGCGAACCACCGGGAGUCCAGGCUGGACAUCUUCGAGGAGGAGAACUUCCUGGGCAAGAGGGGCGAGCUGAGUGAUGACUACCCAUCCCUGCAGGCCAUGGGCUGGGCCGGCGGCCAUGUGGGCUCUUUCCGUGUCCACUCGGGCGCCUGGCUGUGCUCCCAGUUCCCGGGCUACCGAGGCUUCCAGUACCUGCUGGAGUGUGACCACCACUCAGGGCACUACAAGCACUUCCGGGAGUGGGGGACCCACGCCCAUUCCUUCCAGGUGCAGAGUGUGCGCAGGGUCCAGCAGUGAGGCGCCCUCCCACCCCCCCCCCCUGCAGCCUCGAAGACUAAGACAGAGCAAUAAAGAGCCUCACCCCUCCAG